AUGUCCUUCCAAGACCUCCUAGGCCAGCUCCCUUUGCUGAAGAGCUAUACCCAUAUCCUCCUCGUCUUUCCCCUGGUAAACUCCCAGCGCCAGCCAGUCCUUGAGGCUCUCCAAUGCUCUAUCAGACGCCUACUGGCCACGUUCCCCUUUCUGUCUGGGGCUGUGGUCCACCAGGUUCCCCAUCCCGGUCACUCGGGUACAUUCAGUGUUGUUCUCCCUGAAGGUGAUUCUUCAGACAGAGUCCAACAAAUACUACACGUCAAAGACCUCUCUUCUAUCCUACCAGACUAUGCAACCCUCAACGCCGCUAAGGCACCCCCGGCCAUGCUUCCAGGUCCCCUGGUGGCACCAUCCCGCCCUGCGUUUCCACGGGUCUAUGAAGAGUCUUCUGCACCGGUGUUGGAGAUCCAGGCCUCUCUGAUCAACGACGGGCUUCUUCUUACGCUUGCCGCACAGCACAAUAUCGUAGAUGCUACGGGGAUCUUCUAUAUUGCCCAUCUGCUGUCGAGGUUUAUGUAUGAUCCAACGGCCAGCAUACCAGACGCUGAAGUUGCAAUGGGCAAUAUCGACAGGAGAAAUCUUAUCCCUCUUCUUCCAGAGAAUCAGGUCCUCCCGGAAGAGAUGGGUAUCUUUACGAUGGAUCGGCCGCCCCCGUUAACCCGGGAGAUCCUGGACGAGUAUAAAUGGACCCUGGUGCAUUUCUCCCCAGCCGCGGUACGAGAGAUGCAUGACGAAGCGAUGAGCCAACCAAACGAUUUCAUUGACGGCGUCAGCAGCGUCUCGGUUAAUGACGCCCUGACAGCGUUCUGCUGGCGGAGACUCUCUAUAAUCCGCGCAGAGCACAGCCAUACAAGAGGAGAAGGAGCAACGACUCAACUGACCCGUGCCGCAGAUCUCCGCAGAGCCAUGGGCCUAAAUCCAGGGUAUGCAUACAUGGGCCACAUGGUCCGCACCUCGAACCUGCGUCUCCCGCUGUCGACGCUCGUUUGCCCACGCACAUCCCUCUCGCACAUUUCCUCUCUCCUCCGCAAAUGUCUGAGAGAGCACACAGAGCCGCAGGCAAUCUCUGCCUACGCGACUCUUCUCUUUCGGACAGAAGAUAAAUCUAGGAUCCUCUAUGCGGCAGAGUUCAAUCCCCUUACGGACCUAAGUGUCAGCUCCGUUGCGCAUGUGGAUGUGCCCAGCUUUGGGACGGUUCUGGGUAAACCAAGAUUUGUAAGGAGGCCGACAUUCGGACCGUUGCCUGGGGGUAUGUACCUUGGCCCUAGUAUGGGGUCAGAGGGAGAAGAAGCUAGUGGUGAUGGAGGGCUGGAUGCGGUCAUCUGCCUGAGGGGAUGGGAGGUGGAAGGGUUAGCUAAGGAUCCGGAGUGGAAGAAGAAGGUGGUUGUCUGGGAGUAG